AUGUCUGCUUUCCCUCUCCUGCAAGCUCGACCAGCUGCUGGGAAUGUGUCGCACCAUAUAGAGCACCCCUCGUCGGCCUCGCGUGAGCCCAGCCAGACCCGCGGGCGUGCGCUGACUGCCUCGUCACGAACCAUCGCCUCGCGCUCCCAGACUCCGGCCGUCAAGGCUGCCAGCAGCAAUUCGAGCCCCGACCGCACCCUGACGACGCUCGAGCGCAAGCCCUCGGGCUCGUACGCCCACAACCGCAACACGUCCAUCGUCCACGGCAUCCAGCACUCGCGCAACACCAGCUUCGUCAACUCCCCCGCCACCAGCCCGCUGAGCCCCCAGAUCAUCGCCGCCGCCGCCGGGGCAACCCUCGAUGGAGCCCUCAUGUCGCAGGAAUCAAUAGCCGACGCCUUCGCCGCCAACGGCAUGCAGCCUGGCGCAGGCACAGGGAACGUCUAUGCCGGCGUGGGGCCACAGGCGGCAUCCAGCGAUGGAAGCAUUUCUCACCGCAAGCCUGAGCGGGCGCCGAGUGCCAGAUCCGUGCGAAAGGGCCACAAUCACCACCGCUCCCAGUCGCGCCACCCGCCGCAUCCCCACGAACUCAAGACGGUUGGCGAAUAUGCCCUGCACCACCUCUUCAACGCCUUCAUCAGCCAGGCCGAGCAGAAGAUCAACCAGUGCAUGACGGAGAGAGGCCAGCCUGAGGCCCGGGUAGAGGGUGUCUGUGGACCUGGUGUAGACCCUACCUUCGACCAGCUCAUCGCGGCCCUGGGCCAUAUUGCGCGCCACAAGCCAAAGCCGCUUAUAGACACCAUCAUGCUAUGGCGCAAAGCCAAGAGCGAGGAGGCGUCCAAGCAGCGCACUCACUUACUUACUGCCCGACAAGCCAACCCAGGGCUUCAACUCCAUCCUGCGCUAUCUCGACGUAAUACUGAACCGGUCCAACAACUGGAUAAUCAAUCCGCAGCCUCUGUAGCAUCUGGCCCCGACCACAUCGUCGCUCUGCAGCAGACUGUCACACAAGCCGAACAGCGCUCGACUGUCUCAACCUACAUCCUUUGCCGCGUCCUGAUCGAGAUCAUGACCCAAACCGACCUCCAUAACUUGACUUUUGAGAUGGCCGACCGUCUUCUUGGUCUUUUCUACGGCCAGCUCAGCACCGUGGACCCUGACCUCGUGGACAUAUCCCCUCUCAACCUCGCCAAUUGGACCAUCUACAGUCAACUGCUCGGUGUGCUGAGUGGCCUCAUUUUUGAGCAAGUGCAAGACAAGUUCAUCACUGACCUGAAGAUCGUCGAUGGUCACUUGGCCAUCAAGAAUCAGUACAACCGAGACCAUGAAGCCAAGGGCGCCUUGCUCAUUCGCGCUCUAAGGCACCUACAAGUGAAGUCAUAUCCUGAAGACACCUGGGACCGGACAUGUGAUUUCAUGCUUUCCAUGGCAAAGCUUUUCACCAGUGCCCACGGCCAGCCGGUUAAAUAUGCGUACUGCCAAGUCCUAAGGGAACUCUUAUUACGUAUCACCUCUAAAGCGACCAUUGAACUCAACGCUCCUAGAUGGAAGACUGUGAUCGACAUGAUGAAGCAGCGCGCUGCCAUACUGCUGGGCAAGCCGAAACACUGGCACGAAGCCUUCCCACUCAUGGCCGCCAUCCUAUGUGCUUCUCCGACCGAAACCUUUCUCUCGCAAUGGCUUGCGCUCGCCUUGUCUACUCAGCCACGACUCAAAGAGCGCGCAACCAGAGCCAUCGCCCUUCGAGGCAUUUGUCGGCUAGUGUGGACUUACAUAUACAGGCGGGGAACCGAAGCACCAAAUGUCGCUGUUCGCCGGUUGGAAGAAAUCAUACGAAUGGUGUUCCAACCCGGAAGGCGAUCGUACCUAUCAACUGAACCAGCCAUCGCUGAGCCAUUGAUACAACUGACACGCAUUAUCGGCUACAAGUACCAAGACCUUUGCUUCAAGACCAUCAUCUUUCCCCUGCUCAACUCCGACAUGUUCUUGUCGGGCCGAGAAUUGCGCGUCGAAAACCUAGAGCCUGACCGUAUGGUCAUUGGUAUCCGCUCGUUUCUGGCCAUCAUGGCUGAUCUCGAAAAUACGGAGCAGCCGCCUUUUCCACUUACGUUCGACUACGAUCCAAACGCGGUAUCGAACGAGCUCCCGGCUCUUCCUUCUAGUCCGCGGCCUUCACAGCCUCUACCCAUAAAGUCAAGUCUUCUCAAGGAAGAGCGUCUGUCGCGUCCUGUGAACUUCGCCGGUUUCGCCGAAGUGGCCAAGGAGUACUAUAUCCGCUUCUGUAAGAUCUUGGGGGAGAUCACCAUCAUCUGCGACAACGCAUUCGGAGGCCAGGCCGUACUCGACGAGAAAUUCUCUUCGCAAACACCAAAGACCCCUAUGGCGGCGGCCUUCAGUUUCGCUCCUCGUGAAGAUUACAUGACCACCACAGAUCCGCGGCAAGGGUUUUAUGACCUCUUGCAUCAAGUCACGAUUGGCUUUGCACGGUUCAUCUUUAAUUUCGACGACCGUUAUGCCACUAUGUCUGAUGGUGGCAUGCUUGGGGCUGGGCACAUCGAGAACACCUUGAAACUCUACGUGGAGCUACUAGAGAUAUGGAUUGAAGAGAUCAAGCGCAAGACACGUAAAGCAGCAUUGGAUACGCCAGAUGACGGUUCUGGUAAUCGCGCGGCUCUUCUUGAUCUGUCUUCAGUGUGGGCGCACGUUGACGAAGUUGAGUCCCAUGGUCUCUUCUUCCUAUGCUCGCCUUCACGUCGCGUCCGCUCGUACGCUGUCACCGUGCUACGCCUCAUAACUGAAUUUGACACGGCUCUGGGAGGCUCCAAUACACGUGUUAUCCGGGUAAUGGAGGGCAGCCCCCAGAGAGUUCUCGACAUUAGCGAUGAAAAGUUGUCGUUGGCUGAGCGCAGUCGAUUGCAACGCGGCAUGCGUAAGAGCAAUGUGCAGAGUACCCUUGUUGAGCUUUGUGGUAGCGACGUGCCGUACGACGCUACCCUGUGGUUCAAGAUCUUCCCCAAUCUGGUUCGAAUCAGCUUUGAGGUUUGUCCUUUCGCCGUGACUCUCACUCGUGACAUAGUCUGUGCGAGACUUGCACAGAUGUAUCGCACUCUAUCAUCCUUAGCCGAGGGUCAGCGCUCUACGCCGUAUUCACCCUUCGAGCCCGGGAGUAGCAAGCUCAGUGGCCGCCUCGCUUCCACAUCACCAGAAGUCGUUAUCGAACAGUGGAAGUUGUACCUCAUAUUCGCCUUCACGACAUUGACAAGUCUCGGUCCGACGGCCACAUCAGCCACGCAAGGAAAUCACUCGCGUAAAAGCUCAAAAUCUUCACAAAUUAGCACGAACAAGCAACAUACUGCUACCGAGUUGUUUUCCAAAGUCCUUCCGUUCCUGUCAGUGGACAAUGUCGCCAUUCGGGAUGCUGCGGUCAUCGGCCUCGGUUCCGUCAACCUCAACCUCUAUCGUACACUGCUCGAAUCGCUUCAAGGGAUCGUGGCUGCUUGCGCUGAGGAGGCGAAGAUGCGCUUGGGAAAUCACAACCGGACGAUCAGCAGUCCUCGCCCAAUCAACUAUCGAACUGACCAUCUUCGGACUGAGAUUACACACGUCUACAAGCUGACCUCUCAGCAAUUUCUCAAGCUCCCUGAGGCUCACAAUGACGAAUGGAUAAUCAACAAUCUCAUGAACUACACCAAGGAUCUGAGAAUAUUCCUGAGUGAUACGGAGGUCCAACUCGAAGCGCGCUAUCAGAAGCUACGUACGCACUAUUGUGGACUGGUGGAGGUUUUGUUUGAGGGCAUCAACAAAACCAGUGAUCCUUUGCAUUGGAUGCCUUUCCAAGCCCGGAAAGCUGCAUUCACAUUGAUGGAAGAGUGGUGCGGCUAUGCGGCAAACCAGUCUCAGAUCCGCCAGCGUGAAGAACAGAUGCGCCGUUCCAUGCUUGAUCGAGAGGUAGAUAAAAACAACAAAGGCAACGCGACUGCGGCUCUUGAGAUCGAAAAACGCGAUCUUCGAACCGCAGCGCUGAGUGCCAUGGCGGCGUUGUGUGGCGGGCCUGUUAGUAUUACCACUGACAGCAAAGUCCUGCUUCAGUUCGAUGUUAUACGCAUGCUCUCGUGGAUCCAGAGCAUCUUCGAAACCCCGAGCGAUCGGACACACGCGAUUGGUCGCCGAGCACUCACUAACCUUAUACUGCACAACCGCGAGCAUCCAUACUUGCUGGACAAGGCAAUCGAAAUGUGCUACCUCGCAGUUUCUGGCAAAGCGUUGGAAAGCUACUUUGAAGUUGUCACACAAGUCCUCACACAACAUGAGGACUAUACGUUGCCAUUCUGGAAAGUACUCAGCGCUGGUCUUUAUACGCUUGGACACGAGAACAGCGAGAUACGCACCAAAUCAACGCGAUUGCUCCGAACGCUUGAAGCUCGCGAGGGCAAGAACUCGAAGUUGCAAGAUCUAGAUAUCAGCAUUUCUGACAAGACUGUUGCUGUCUACAAGCUGGCGCAAUUCGAGACGUCACGGAGGCUCGCUAAGCAGCAUGCUGAACUCGCCUUCCUGGUCUUCUCGCAAUUUUCCUACUACUUCAAAGAUCUCAAGCCUGACCACAAACGCAACAUGGUUGCCGCUAUGCUUCCUUGGGUGCAAUCCGUCGAACUCCAAGUAAAUCCGGAUGGAGGACCGACUGCUAAUUCUUACAUGCUGCUUGUCAACCUCUUUGAGAUCACUUACAAGGCCGGCAACGUACUACACAAUGAGAUUCAGGCGCUCUGGCAAGCAUUAGCAACGGGGCCGUACGGUGGAAAUGUUCAGUUAAUCUUGAACUUCAUCAUCAACCUUUGCCUAGACAAACGGGAACAAAACUACGUCGACUACUCCAAGCAGAUCGUAGUCCAUCUAUCGAGUACCCCUGCAGGGCUGAAGGUGGUCGAAUUCUUGCUCCUACAGAUCAACCCGCGGUCCAUGGUAAGCGAAAAGCGCGAGCCUAUGCCACCACCACCAGAUGCCGUCAAUCUACCAUACUUGGCCGAUCUCACUCAGGUCCUACCAAGUAGCAACAAGCAGUCCGGCUUCGCUCUGGGACAAGUUUGCCUCAUCCUGUUGGUUGAUCUUAUGGUAUCUCCAGUUGAGGUAGCCAAGGAGCACAUUCCUUUGCUUCUACAGGUGGUCUUGGUUCUUUGGGAUCACUAUACUUCUGUAGUUCAGGACCAGUCUCGCGAGAUGCUUGUGCAUCUAAUCCACGAGCUAGUCAUCUCCAAGAUUGAAGACGAUACGCCAGGCAUCAACAAAAGAUCGAUCGAAGAUUUCAUUGAAGGUAUUCGACAACAUGACGCCAAAGUGGUAUGGAGUUACGAUGACAAGAAUGGCAAAGACGUUGCAGAUUCAACGUUCAAGGUUCCCGAGCCGAUGGAGUAUGUUGCUGGCGAGGUCAUGAGAUUCUUUUCAUUCGCGUACCCUGGGCUUCGAGAAGCUUGGGGGCGAGUCGCACUGAAUUGGGCCACGUCGUGUCCGGUCCGACAUAUUGCAUGUCGAUCAUUCCAGCUCUUCCGCUGCAUCUUGAGCUCGCUCGAUCAGCAGAUGCUUUCCGACAUGCUUGCAAGACUUUCCAAUACCAUAUCAGACGAGGAGAGCGAUAUACAGACAUUCUCUAUGGAAAUACUUACGACGUUACGAACGAUCAUCGAAGCACUAGCACCGGACGACCUCAUACAGUACCCUCAAUUGUUCUGGACCACUUGCGCAUGCUUGGAUACCAUACACGAAGGCGAAUUCAUGGAGAGCCUGCUGAUGCUAGACAAGUUCCUCGACAAGCUUGAUCUGGGCGACGAAGAGGUGCUGGCAAUCCUGGAAGAAAGUUGCCCGGAUAAAUGGGAAGGCAAGUUCGAAGGCCUUGCUCAACUGACGUACAAGGGUAUCCGAUCGAGCACAUGUCUGGAUCGAUCUUUACGAAUCUUGGAGAGAUUGGUGGUCCUACCUUCCAGCCGCAUCGUGGGCGAUGAUAGCCGACUAAUGUACGCCAUCCUCGCGAAUCUGCCAAGAUUCCUACGCUCGUUCGACUCUACAGCAAAAGAUUCUAGUGUUCGAGCCACCGCCGAAGUGCUUGCAAAGGUUGCCGAUCAGCAUUACCAAUGCACAUCGCUGUCCGAAGCGUUGACAGCCUUCGCAAUGAAGAGGUAUCGUCAAGAGAAGGAUUUUCUCGCGCAGACAAUGUCCGCUAUCCGCUCAACAUUCUUCCCAGAACAUGAGUUCGGCAGCCUCGUGUUCCUGCUCGGUCUCUUGAUGAACAACAUCGAUUGGAUGAAGAUCAACACAAUGGAAGUCCUCUGCGUCCUGUUACCCGAGAUCGAUAUGCGCAAGCCGGAGAUGGCCUCCAAAGGAUCCGAUCUUUUCUCGCCUCUUCUACGACUACUACAGAGUGCGUAUUGCCCUCAAGCUCUGAGGGUUCUGGACUUCGUCAUCAAUCUCAACAUGACUAGUACUCUUACGCCGUUCGACAAGCAGCAUAUUCGAAUGAGUAUGGCAGGUUCUCACUCCACCAGAGGGUACAAGAAACAGUUCGAGAAAACGCAGUCAUUGUACGGUAUCCCUGAAGAAAGCGGCUGGUCAAUUCCGAUCCCCGCCAUGCACUCGCAGUUGACGAGGGCCAACGUCCACGCUGUCUUCUACACCUGCGGAAAUUUCGGUGAGAUGAAUGUGCCAGACACCGAGACACCCAAAGUAGAAUUCCGCCAAGAAGAAUUCCCGUUCAGCCCGUUAUCCGACUACCACCGAACAGCGACCAUGACUUCAGAAGAUACUCGGGGCGACAGUCACAUUGGUGAACUGGUCAUGAAACUAGACAGCUUGGACGACUUCUUUGAGGAUGACGAUGACGCCGAGACGUUGACAGACUUACCAAACUUCUCGUCCUCGGGGCGUUACGCGAAUGGAUCGUUUGCUCACGAUAUGCGUGAGAAUCUAUACGAUCAGCAAACGGCACCUAUCCUGCACAAAUCUCUUACGCGAAACGCAUCCGUUACAUCAUUUCAGUCGGGGUUCAUCUCUGAUGUCAAGCUCUCCCCGGCUAGGGACCCUGGUGUCAUGACCCCGGGCGCUUUUAGCUCCUUUGCCAACUCUUCUUCGAGUACCUUACCCCCAACAAGCCACCCCCGCCCUAAUUUACAUGCCCGAUCAGUGACGUCGCCAUCUGCUCCAAACCAACCACAGCGCAUUUCACCUUCACUUUCGUCCACCACUCUUGACGAACAAAACGAGCCGUUCUCCGACGACGAGUACUCGGCUGGUCGUUCGAACAGCACAGACAAAGCCGGGACCUUUAGUCUGGAGAACAUUAUCAAACCUGUCGCUCACGAUACGCGAAGUCGCUUUAGGAGCGGCAUGAGGCGACUGACUGGCGGCGGUGGGGACAACAAGGAAGGGGCCAAGACAAGAGAUGCGAUCAAAUUGGCACUACAAAAGAGUCCCCAGGUGCCAAAGGUACCUGACAUUUACUUGGUGAAUCCCAAGAGUGCGGAUCUAUAA